GAGGGGGAAGGAGGCUCUGGAAUGUUGAUGGACGUGGCCUUGCGCCACUGGGAGCGGCGGCGCCGGGUCGGCCAUUGGGCGAGGAGGGCGGGGGCGGGAGCGGCGGGAGGGGCCGGUUGUGGCGGUUGAAAAGCCGCCGCCUGGCUGGGGAGCGGCGCCAGUGCGGGGUGGGCGCUGUCGGGGGGAGGCAGGAGGGUAGCGAGUUCGAGUCCCGCCUCUGCGAGCCUGAGCCGGGAGCUGCUUCUCUGGGCUGCCGCACUCCGCUCCUGGGCGAGGGGAGGUCGGAGUAGUCGUUUGGUCUCCUCUCCUUCCUCGUUCCCCUCUUGGCGCGGAGGCCGCGGCUCUCGCUGUGGGGCGCCAGCUCGCAGGGACAGAGUUUGCCAGGAGUUUGUGCGGACUUCGGGCCCCGGCCCCCCGCCGCGCCGCCGCCAUGCCCGUCUUCCACACGCGCACCAUCGAGAGCAUCCUGGAGCCGGUGGCCCAGCAGAUCUCCCACCUGGUCAUCAUGCACGAGGAGGGGGAGGUGGACGGCAAGGCCAUCCCGGACCUCACCGCCCCCGUGUCGGCCGUGCAGGCCGCUGUCAGCAACCUGGUGCGGGUUGGAAAGGAGACUGUGCAGACAACAGAAGACCAGAUCUUGAAAAGGGAUAUGCCACCAGCGUUUAUCAAGGUGGAGAAUGCCUGCACUAAACUUGUUCGGGCAGCCCAGAUGUUGCAAGCAGAUCCUUAUUCAGUACCAGCUCGUGACUAUCUAAUUGAUGGCUCAAGAGGCAUCCUUUCUGGAACAUCAGACUUGCUUCUGACAUUCGAUGAAGCGGAGGUCCGUAAAAUCAUCCGUGUCUGCAAAGGAAUAUUGGAAUAUCUGACUGUGGCAGAAGUGGUAGAGACAAUGGAGGAUUUGGUGACAUACACGAAGAAUCUGGGGCCAGGGAUGACAAAGAUGGCCAAAAUGAUUGAUGAGAGACAACAGGAAUUAACUCAUCAGGAACACAGGGUUAUGCUGGUAAACUCCAUGAAUACUGUGAAGGAGCUAUUGCCAGUACUUAUUUCAGCUAUGAAGAUUUUUGUAACCACAAAAAAUUCUAAAAGCCAGGGAAUAGAAGAGGCCUUGAAAAAUCGCAAUUUCACAGUAGAGAAAAUGAGUGCUGAGAUAAAUGAAAUAAUCCGUGUAUUGCAACUCACUUCCUGGGAUGAAGAUGCCUGGGCGAGCAAGGACACCGAAGCCAUGAAAAGAGCGUUAGCCUUGAUAGAUUCAAAGAUGAAUCAGGCAAAAGGUUGGCUGAGAGAUCCAAAUGCACCUCCAGGGGAUGCUGGGGAGCAAGCAAUAAGGCAGAUCCUUGAUGAAGCUGGAAAAGCAGGAGAACUGUGUGCAGGCAAAGAACGCAGAGAGAUUCUGGGAACAUGCAAAACUCUGGGACAGAUGACUGACCAGCUGGCUGACCUCCGAGCUAGAGGACAGGGUGGCACACCCAUGGCUAUGCAGAAAGCACAGCAGGUGUCCCAAGGUCUGGACUUGCUCACUGCAAAAGUGGAGAAUGCAGCCCGCAAGCUGGAGGCCAUGACAAACUCUAAGCAGGCAAUUGCUAAGAAGAUUGAUGCUGCUCAGAACUGGCUUGCAGAUCCUAAUGGGGGCAGUGAAGGAGAAGAACAUAUCCGGGGAAUUAUGGCUGAAGCAAGGAAAGUUGCAGAACUGUGUGAGGAGCCUAAAGAAAGAGAUGAUAUCCUUCGUUCCUUGGGGGAAAUCUCUGCUUUGACAGCCAAGCUGUCAGAUCUGCGACGACAUGGGAAAGGUGACUCUCCUGAGGCCCGUGCAUUGGCUAAGCAAAUAGCUACAUCACUUCAGAAUUUACAGUCCAAAACAAACAGGGCUGUGGCAAAUACUAGGCCAGUUAAAGCAGCUGUCCAUUUGGAGGGCAAGAUUGAACAAGCUCAAAGGUGGAUAGACAAUCCUACAGUUGCUGAUCGGGGAGUAGGGCAGGCAGCAAUCCGGGGUCUGGUUGCGGAAGGUCGCCGUUUAGCCAACGUCAUGAUGGGCCCUUACCGGCAAGACCUGCUUGCCAAGUGUGACCGUGUGGACCAGCUGGCUGCUCAGCUCGCUGACCUCGCUGCCAGAGGGGAGGGGGAGUCUCCUCAAGCCAGGGCAAUUGCUGCUCAGCUCCAGGACUCACUGAAGGAUCUUAAAACACGGAUGCAAGAGGCCAUGACCCAGGAAGUUUCUGAUGUCUUCAGUGACACCACAACUCCUAUUAAACUGUUAGCGGUCGCAGCCACUGCUCCCUCUGAUGCUCCCAACAGGGAUGAGGUGUUUGAUGAAAGAGCAGCAAACUUUGAAAACCAUGCUGCUAAACUGGGAGCUACAGCAGAAAAAGCAGCUGCAGUUGGAACUGCAAAUAAAACUACUGUGGAGGGCAUUCAGGCAACAGUGAAAUCAGCAAGGGAACUUACCCCACAGGUAGUAUCAGCUGCUCGUAUCCUCCUGAGAAAUCCUGGAAAUCAAGCUGCUUAUGAACAUUUUGAGACCAUGAAAAACCAGUGGAUUGAUAAUGUAGAAAAAAUGACAGGGUUGGUGGAUGAAGCCAUUGACACUAAAUCUCUGCUGGAUGCAUCAGAAGAGGCUAUUAAGAAAGAUCUUGAUAAAUGUAAAGUUGCAAUGGCCAACAUGCAGCCUCAGAUGCUGGUAGCCGGUGCCACCAGCAUUGCAAGACGAGCAAACCGCAUCCUGCUGGUGGCAAAGAGGGAGGUGGAAAAUUCAGAAGACCCUAAAUUUCGGGAGGCUGUUAAAGCAGCCUCUGAUGAGCUAAGCAAAACUAUAUCACCGAUGGUAAUGGAUGCUAAAGCUGUGGCAGGAAACAUUUCUGAUCCUGGUUUGCAGAAGAGUUUCUUGGAUUCUGGAUACAGAAUUCUGGGAGCUGUGGCCAAAGUCAGAGAAGCCUUCCAGCCUCAGGAACCAGAUUUUCCCCCUCCUCCUCCUGACCUUGAGCACCUUCAUCUGACUGAUGAGCUUGCUCCUCCCAAACCACCACUUCCAGAAGGUGAGGUUCCCCCACCCAGACCGCCACCACCUGAAGAAAAGGAUGAAGAGUUCCCAGAGCAGAAAGCAGGAGAAGCAAUUAACCAGCCCAUGAUGAUGGCUGCCAGACAGUUGCACGAUGAAGCCCGGAAAUGGUCUAGCAAGCCUGAUGUGACUGUGAUUAAUGAAGCGGCUGAGGCUGGUGUAGAUGUAGAUGAGGAGGAUGAUGCAGAUGUUGAAUUCACUCUCCCCUAUGACACUGAAGAUGAUUACGAGCCUGAGCUGCUGUUAAUGCCAACCAAUCAGCCCGUUAACCAGCCCAUUCUGGCUGCUGCUCAGUCUCUGCAUCGAGAAGCAACCAAGUGGUCUAGUAAGGGCAACGACAUCAUCGCGGCGGCGAAGCGGAUGGCGCUGCUCAUGGCCGAGAUGUCGCGCCUGGUCAGAGGAGGCAGCGGGAACAAGCGGGCCCUCAUCCAGUGUGCCAAGGAUAUUGCCAAGGCUUCGGACGAGGUCACGCGAUUAGCCAAGGAGGUGGCGAAGCAGUGCACGGACAAGCGCAUUAGAACAAACCUCCUGCAGGUCUGUGAGCGAAUCCCAACCAUCAGUACACAGCUGAAAAUUCUCUCCACUGUCAAAGCUACCAUGCUGGGCAGAACUAAUAUCAGCGAUGAAGAGUCGGAACAGGCAACUGAGAUGUUGGUUCAUAAUGCCCAGAAUCUCAUGCAGUCUGUGAAGGAAACUGUGAGAGAAGCUGAAGCAGCAUCCAUUAAGAUAAGAACAGAUGCUGGGUUCACUCUUCGCUGGGUCAGAAAAACCCCAUGGUAUCAGUAAACACUUGCCACAUAAGUAUUGUUUUCUGUAACAUAAAAUGCCUUUUUUUGGAAACAGAAGAGAUAUAUGAACAGCAAAAGGUGCUGUAUACAUGAGCUUAAGAUUAGCUUAUGCUAAUGCCCCAUUCUAAGGGUAUGAAUUAUAAGAUAAUGCAUUUCAAAUGUCUUUGGAACACAUUUGAUAUCAAACACCUCAAAUUUGCUGUCAACAGUAGACAGUUCUUAUCAUUUAAUUUUUUUUGGUUUGCUUUUCAAGAUUCUCUUAGUGAAUUCUGUAUUCCCAGAAGCACAUUUCAGUUAUGCACUAUAUAUUCCAGUAGUUCCCAUGUGAUGAUAUAAAACAUGGACCUCACUUGAAGCUUGCCUUGAGAGUUUAGGACACUGUUGGUUACUUGGCAGUUUUUUUUGGGACAAAUCUUUAAUAUAGAAACAUUCAACUUUCCAACAGGAUUUUAGCUGGCUGUUCUAAAACCAUGCAGAAAUGAUGGUGUGGGGCUUUUAAUUAAAAGAGGGGAGGUGGGGCAGCAGAACAGUUGUAAACUGAGGAUUAAAAUUCCAUGUCUGAACUGAUAUUGGGGUUUCUUUUGCUUUUGAUUUUUGCUUGGCAACAGUACUUUAACAAAAACUGGAGCUGUCUCUGUCACUCUGUAGGUAGGCAUUCCAGAACUCUCGUACUGUACUGAAAUGUUUUGCAGAGGAUGUUAGUGGCACACUGUUGACACCUUAGGCCUUAUGGCUGGAGACCUUAAAUCAUGGGACUCUUUCCUUGCUCAAUUCAGCAAUGUAUUGAGCUGAAACAUCCUGGUUCUCUUAAGCUGACUGCAUGUCGAGGACCAGAAAAUGCCACAUGCUGGCUCUUUCUUUUUGAAAACCAAAUGAGCACAUGCAAUUAUUCUUAUUUCCCUCUUCUCUCCAUCUGAUGUUAUUCCAGCUGCUCAAGGUGGAAAUUAAAAGAUAAAGAUACUCGAUUAAACAAGACCUGUAGCCUCACUGCCCUUGUUUUCAGCAAUGCAUAAGCUUUUUGAAUCCUGAGCUCUGCAGGGUCCAUGAAACUCUGUUUAGGUAGUCUGAUGGUCCCAGCAAAUGCUGGUUCCUAAUGCUACACAUACCUCAUUAUUUUUACUGCUUUUGGAGUUUGGAGGCUGAAAAUCUUUUUUCAAGUUCUAGUAAUAGUGAAUUGAACAAAGUGCUACUGCAUCUUUUAAAAAAAAUCCCAAACGAAAUGACAAGAAUAAAACCCCCAAGUUCCCCCUCACUAAAAUAGACCUGUGAUGCUUUUAUCCUUCCAUAAUUUAACAUGCCUUCAUAUAUAUAUAUAUGUGCAUACACAUUCAUUUAAUUGCCUUGUCUCUUUUGGCAUUUGACAGAAAGGAAAACUUGUUUGAGUUUUUACACUUGCAAGGAAUACUUGCAGACUUCUGCCCAAAUCACCACUGACAUCAUAAUACCCUUUUAAUUUGCUGCAAAUUGUUGCAUGAUCAAACCACCUUGAAUAGAAGUGUCCUUGUGCAAAAACUGCUCAGUCUUAACAGUUCAAAGGAAGAGACACAGCACAGUCAACUGUCCUUUACCUCUCUGCAACAGUUAUUCUACACUUGGAUUUUCUCCCCUCCACCCCCUUUCAUUGCACUGUUAUCUAAAAAGGGAAGUUAAACUGUUGAUAGUACAUCUGCCUCAAAGUGACCUCAGCAAGAGAAGGCACAUGUUCGUCUUUAAUUUGCUCCUUGUGUCUGGGUAUUAUGAAAUAUGUGGUACUUAGGAUCUUUCCUUAGUAUUCUCUUCCUGCAGUUACCUGCAAUGGGAAGAGGAGGGAAGGGGUGCCAGAGCCUUAACCUGGAUGCAUUUGGUUGGUUUAUACCAGAUCUUUAACGUAAUUUUAAUGUAGUAAUUUCUAUUUAAUAGUAAAUAACACUGAGUAAGUAGGGAUUAUUUUAAAGGGAUUUUCUAAAUAGUCUUCCUGUAUUGCUUCUCAAUGCUUCUCACAUCCCCCUGUCCCAAUUCAGGCUUCUCUGUGAGAUUUUUUUAUUUUAGCAUCACUGUUUAGUUGCUUGACUGAUAUUAAUGCAAUAUUACUAAUGCCUUUAAUACAUAAUUGUUUAUGCCAAAGAUCACUUUUUGUUUAUUGAUGAAUGUUUGCAGGAGAGUUAUGAAUCAUGGUUGCCUUUGAUAUUCUUCUAGAAUGUUUGCUCUGAGUUCUCAAACUGUUUUGUAGAAGCUGAGAUACUUGUCCACCUUAUGCAAUUACUGCAUUUUUGAAAACUAUUGGUCUGCAGACCCAAAGUGCAGCAAAAAUUUGAACAAGACCAUGAAUGUCACUUGGAAAUGUUUUACCACUAUAAAACUUUGUUUAUAAACCAAAAUGUAUUGUAUAGUCUAAUGUUUUCAACCUUUCUUUGGUUCUGUUAAAACAAUAAAAAUGCCUUUGUACAAA